GAACACAACAGUUCAGUAGCUCUUCUCUUCCAAUAGAAAACAUCAAGAACACUACAGUUCACUUUACUUUGUGCAUCGCGAAAUGGCACAGCCUCGAUUCUCCCGCUCUCUUCUUCUCCACCUCCGUUCAGCUCGCCGUUUCUCCACCACAACCCCCCAAAACGACGCCGCACUGGUAUCAAACAUCCUCCUCCACCACCACAACCCCUUCCACGCAAUGGAGUCCUCCCUCCAGCUCCACGGCAUCACUCUCACCCCUGACCUCCUCCACCACACCCUCCUCCGCCUCACCCACAAUUCCAAAAUUGCCCUCGCCCUCUUCCACUACGCCAAGUCCCUCCCCUCCCCCUCCCCCCUCACCCCCGCCGCCUUCCACCUCCUCAUCGACACCGUCGCCAAGGUCCGCCAGUUCGACCUCGCCUGGCAGCUCAUCCUCCAAAUGGACCACCCCUCCGCCGCCGCCUUCCACAUCCUCAUCCGCCGCCUCGUCGCCUCCGGCCUCACCCGCCAGGCCGUCCGGGCCUUCGACGACAUCGAGACCUUCGUUCAAACCCCGCCCACUGCCCUGGACUUCAUCUUCUUACUCGAUACUCUCUGUAAAUACGGCCACGUCAAGCUCGCCGCCGAACUCUUCAACCGGCGGAAGCAUCACUUCGCCGCCGACGUGAAAAUGUACACUGUUAUGGUUUACGGCUGGUGCAAGAUCAGCCGUCUCGACAUGGCCGAGAGGUUCUUGAGAGAGAUGAUUGAUCGAGGUAUAGAGCCCAGUGUGGUGACAUACAAUGUGUUGCUCGACGGGAUUUGCCGGCGGGCGAGUUUGCAUCCGGACGACCGGUUUCGGAGGACGAUAGUGAAUGCACAGAAGGUGUUCGACGAUAUGUCCGGCCGAGGAAUUGAGCCCGACGUGACGAGUUUUUCCAUUGUGCUUCAUGUUUACAGCAGGGGGCAUAAGCCGGAGUUGUGUCUAGACAAGCUCAAGGAAAUGAGGGAGAAGGGGAUUUGCCCCACCGUGGCGACGUACACUUCUGUUGUCAAGUGUCUUUGCUCCUGUGGGAGGCUUGAGGAAGCAGAGGAGUUGCUUGGUGAGAUGGUGGCGACUGGGGUGAGUCCCUCUGCAGCUACUUAUAAUUGUUUUUUUAAGGAGUAUAGGGGGAGGAAGGACGCGGAGAGCGCCUUGAAGCUGUAUAGGAAGAUGAAGGAGGAGGGGUUGUUUGCGCCGAGUGUGCAUACUUAUAAUAUAUUAGUGGGGAUGUUCUUGCAGUUGAAUAGAGUGGAGAUUGUGAGAGAGAUUUGGGCUGACAUGAAAGAGAGUGGGGCAGGGCCGGAUUUGGAUUCAUAUACAUUGUUGGUUCAUGGGUUGUGUGAGAAGCAGAAGUGGAAAGAGGCUUGCCAGUUUUUUGUGGAGAUGAUAGAGAAGGGGCUUCUUCCUCAGAAAGUUACUUUUGAGACACUCUAUAGAGGGUUAAUACAGUCUGAUAUGUUGAGGACUUGGAGAAGAUUGAAGAAGAAGCUUGAUCAAGAGUCUGUUACUUUUGGGUCGGAAUUCCAAAAUUAUCACCUUAAGCCGUACAGGAGAUGAUCGGGAUGUGUUUUUUCUGUUACUUAUAUUUUGAGGCAGUCAGAUUUGUCGUCUAUACUUCGUGGGGCAUAGUUUCAAAUUGGAAUCAGACUUGCACAGGACUUGGAGUUUCAUCAAUCGUUGUUGAGCUUGAACCAGGUACUAUACAGAGCUUUUGGAACUAUAAAGCACUCAGAAGGAAUCAGGGAAUAAGGAGCAGAACGAAUAAGUAAAAGAGAACGAGAAAAGUGAAUAUGAUUGGCUAGUAGGUGGCAUUUUGGUUUAGGGUUGAACUGGUAGACUUGAGGUUUAUAUGGUCGAUCUUCACUAUCCAAGCGCUAAUCUGCAGACAUAUUCAUUCAAAGCUCCUAGACCUCCGCCUAGCCAUGGGUUGUCCAUUAGUUCAAUCAAAUUUUAACAAAUCUGGUUUGGUUAUCAUUUCUUCAACCAGAUUUAUAUGUACAACUGUGGUUCAGUUACUUCAGUAAGCUGAUCAUGGCUUUACAAUCCCAUGAUCAGCUUACCUUGUUUUCAUACCACUAAUGUCUCCAGACCGACAUGGAGACAUGGCCUGGCUAUGCUAUUGGCACAUCAUGGUCCAGUGGUCACUAUUAUCACCACACCCCUCAAUGCCAUCGGAUCAAACUGAUGAAGUGAUGAUUGAUCGGUGUCAUUGAUUCAAGUCACUCCCUUCAUCUAGUCCGGUUCAGUUUGCCACUUGCCGAGUGUGGCUUGCCAGAUGGAUGUGAACACAUUGGAAGCAGUACCUGCAAGAAACUUGUUUCGGAAUUUCUUGGAUGCAGUUAGCAGGCUGCAGGAUCCAGUAGAGCAAUUGCUUGAGACACUCGAACCUAUUCCAAGCUGCAUAACCUCGGACAAACAUCUGACAUGGACAUGUGAGAUUGCUCAAAAGUUUGGGAUACCAAGGUAUUGGUUUGAUGGGACUAGUUGUUUUACUCUGUUCUCCAACUAUAUUAUAGAAACAUCUAAGGUUCUAGAGAAUGUUUCAGGAUCAGAACCAUUUCUGGUGCCUGGUAUGCUAUGAGAUAGGGAUUACUUUAGCCCAUUUACAGGCGCACUUCAAUGCGGCUAAUGUUGACUUCAGAGAUUUCCAUGGAGAAGGAGAGGAAGCUACAAAAGAAUCUUCUGGGCUUAUUGUGAAAGGUUUUGAGAAGUUGGAAAUCGAAUAUGUCAAGCUGUAUAAGUAAAUAGGUAAAGUGUGCAGUAUUGUUUCCAGUGUCACUUUCUAACAACACAAAAUUUGACAAAGCUGAAAGAGGCGGCGAGGCUUCCAUUAAUCAGAACCAGUGAGUGAGAUGGCUUGAUUUAACUGUUUAAGUAUGACUUGGAAGCUUGGCCGUAUUAAAACUCGUCAGCUGGUGGAGCUUGGAUAGUUGGAUUAGGCUAAGAAGCAUCGAAUCGGCCUUCCGUUUGGGUGAUCAGUGGAGACAAAACAGAAGGAUGGGGAAAAUGGUUGCUGCAAUAUGGAUUUGAAGAGAGGAUUAAAGGUAUAGGCAUUUUAAUUCAUGCAUUUUGCAGAAGGAAGGGUAAAAUAAUCAUGAGAAAAGACAAAUGUAACUUUUUUUAUAAUUUUGUGUUAGAUGACUCAAGCUUUUUUUUUCCCAUAAAAAAAAACUCGAGCAUUUUAUAAUUUUGUAUAGGAUAAAUUAACCUUAAUUGGCAAAUAAGUCGUGAU